AUGUCCGUAACCAAGAAACGCUUCUUCGUUCCUAAAGAAAAGGUCACUGUUCCUUCGCUAGACGAUAAACUGUCUGUUGAAAGUACUGCAUUGUCCCCCAACACAUCACUAUUCGUAGAAGACGACGAUGACGAAGACGAAGCUGAUAACGAAUCAGACGUGACCCCAUUACCAAUUCAAAUACCACUUGGCCAAUUUGAAACAGAGUUGAAAGCAACAGUAGGUGAUAUAUCACCACAAAUACUAUCGUAUUUAUACAACAAACACUCAAACCAGUCAGAUGGUGUGAAACAGGCAGUUUCAGAACUACUUACAUGCCCACCAGACAUUAAUGAAUUGUUGCCAAAUUCAACACAGCAAACUGAAUCUCCCGCACCACCCACACAAAAGAGACCAACAGAUGAUGUGAAUGAACAAUUGCAAUCACUAAGCAAGCGAAUCCAUCUUGCUUCACAAGCACACCAGAAAGAAGUGGCUCAACAAACCUGGGAUAGGUAUAUUGGAUCCAUAGAUGUCCAAGCAUGGGCUACACGUCCUACAUUCUCACCACUCAAGUAUGCAGAAAAGUUAUCAUUAAAGCGAUUGAUCCCGAAGAACUCGUCGAUGAAAUCAAGUUCAAUCAUUCGAUUAUCAACCAUAGAUCACUAUGGAGGUCGAGAGAUAGCGAGAAUACCCGAGGAUUUAACCCGAAUAUUUUCACCAUUGAUCGAUUUAGAUAUUGCCAGAUUUGAAGUUUCUGUUCUAGAAGGAACAAAAAGGAGAUUGUCCACUGCUGAUUCAUUUCUUAUUCAAAUUGAUGUUUUCUUGAAAAAUACCGGGUUUAUAAAGAACUUAGAUGCAUUGGAAGUAAAGAUUGAUAAUUUGAGUAAACACAAAAAUGCAGCAAGCAAAGCAGCUAAGCUGAGUAAUUUCCAUGCAACCAGUGAAACUGAUGGAGAAGCUGCAUUGAGACUACGCCAAUAUGCGCUCUCCCGCUUAUUUGACAGACUCCGCAUUAAACCACUUCGGUUAAAUGAUGAUGACGAAGAGGAAGAAAAUUCAGACGAACCAAUAUCUCUUGAUUCAGACGAUGAGAAUGAGCAGGUUGAAAGUACACCCGAUCAAUUAAAUUUGGAUCAAUUGAAACAAUUCUACCAAGCAAAUAACCAAUCCAAAUUGUUAGAAAGCCUUCCUGAAACUACUGUACCCCCAUCGGACAAUUUCAAAUUGAAUUUACGUACCUAUCAGAAACACGGAUUAUCGUGGAUGUUAACAAGGGAGAACGAAAUAAGCACAUUGGACCAACUAUCUUCCGAACAAGGAUUAUCAACUCAAUCAAAAAGGGAUAUUGAAGAAAAUGAAUCGGGGACUAUGAACCCACUUUGGAGGAAAUACAAAUGGCCCAAGAAUAUGUCAUUCGCAGUCAGCGUAGGGGGAUCCACACAAUCCAGCCAAGAAAGAGAGGACGAAUUCUUCUACGCCAACGUAUACAAUGGUGAACUUUCAGUUGAAAAACCAAUAAUUAAGAAUAGUCUAAGAGGAGGAAUACUUGCUGAUGAAAUGGGUCUCGGUAAGACUAUUUCUGCAUUGGCCUUGGUAAAUUCGGUGCCAUACGAUACUAACCCAGAGAAGUCAAAUAAACCUUAUGCAUCAAAAACAACCUUGAUUGUUGUGCCCAUGUCCCUUUUAUCCCAAUGGAAACAAGAAUUUGAAAAAUGUAAUAAUAACAACAAUCAUUAUUGUAAGUUGUAUUAUGGUGAUGAAAUCGAGUCUAAUUUAACAUGGUCAUUAUGUUCUACGAAACCAAAUGCUAAAAUCCCUACAGUAAUGAUUACAACUUAUGGUACUGUUUUAAAUGAAUUUACGAGGAUUGCUCGUGCAAGAGAUGAAAAGGGAGAAUUACCACCUAUCGGUCUUUAUUCUGUCAAAUUCUUUAGGAUUAUAAUUGAUGAAGGCCAUAAUAUUCGAAAUAGAAAUACCAAGACUGCCAAAUCAUUGUAUGAGUUGGAGCUGAGUAGGAAAUGGAUAUUGACAGGUACACCAAUUGUCAAUCGACUCGAUGACUUAUACUCAUUCACCAAGUUCCUUCAAUUGGAUCCCUGGAGUAAUUUUUCAUACUGGAAGACAUUUGUUACAUUACCCUUUGAACAACGAAAGAUUUCCCAGACUUUGGAUGUGAUUAAAUCCAUUUUGGAACCAAUAUUUUUGAGAAGAACCAAAGCAAUGAAGGGCCGCGAUGGUCGUCCACUUGUGGAAUUACCAAGCAAAGAAGUUAUUAUUGAAGAAAUUAAGUUUAAUGACCAGGAGGAAAAAUUGUAUGGCUAUUUCAAAGCUAGAGCAUUCAAUUCGUUUGCUGAAGGUUUGAAGUCAGGUCAAUUGUUGCGUCAGUAUACACAAAUCUUGACACACAUUUUGCGAUUAAGGCAAGUAUGUUGCCAUGUGGAUUUGAUUGGUGGUGCCCAUGAAAUGGAUGACGAGAUUAUAGAUUUGGAACUGGAUGAAGACAUGAAGAAAUUUUUGAAGUCAAUCAAGGAACAGCAACAAAAUAGGUUUGAGAAUGAUCAUGCGGUUAAGAAAACCAUGUAUUCAUUAUACUCCAAAGUCGAUAUUGAAAAUUCAGAGUGUUCAAUAUGUACUCAGUCUCCGAUUCCAUUUGGAGAGAUGACCAUUACUCCAUGUGGUCAUAGCUAUUGUCUUACUUGUCUUCUUGAACAUCUCGAUUUCCCAACUACAACCAAGACAUGUCCCAACUGUCGAGAACCAAUAUCCAAAUAUCAACUAUUCCGUUUACGUAAUCAAAAGACCACUGCCAAUGAAAUACGAUUUCAUACUAAGGAGCCCAAGGCGGAGAAUUACCCUUUCCAAUUGUAUUUAUACGAUCCUAAUCGUUCUUCAUCCAAGAUCCAAGCCCUUAUUAAACAUUUACAUGAUAUCAAAUCCCAAACACCUAAUCUGAAAGUUAUUGUAUUCUCCCAGUUUUCAUCAUAUCUAGACAUAAUAGAGACCGAACUCAAGGUCCAGCAAGACAAUGACUUUGUAAUUUAUAAAUUCGACGGACGGUUGAAUUUAAAAGAACGACAGAAAUUACUUGAUGAUUUCAAUAAGGAAUUGUCGGAUGGUAAAAUUGCAAUCUUGUUGCUUUCGUUGAAAGCUGGUGGAGUAGGUUUAAAUUUAACCACUGCUUCUCGGGCGUUCAUGAUGGACCCUUGGUGGUCACCCAGUAUUGAAGAUCAGGCAAUUGAUAGAAUUCAUAGAAUUGGCCAGAAUGAAACUGUUAAAGUUGUCAGAUUCAUUAUGGAAAACAGCAUAGAGACAAAAAUGUUAAAGAUUCAGGAAAGAAAGAAACAAAUUGGUGAAGCAGUUGCUGCCGAAGAAGAGGAAAGAAGAAAGAGAAGAAUCGAAGAGAUUCAAAUUCUUUUUGAAGAGUAGGAAAAGAGUGUAUAUUAGUAUAUCAUCUAUGUGGACAAAGCUAAUGGCUCGGUUUCUCUCCUUAACCAUUUGUAAACAAUACUGUCCUUUUCAAAAGUACCACUUAAUUCAUCCCAAAUGGUAGCAUGGUAGUUAUUUAACCAGGCCAAUUCUUCUUCACUCAACAUGGAAACCUCAAUCAACUUUUUGCAGAAUGGGACUCUUGUGAUAGUUUCAAAUUCGUAAAAGUUUCUGCCGUUAUAGUGCAACCCACUAUCCUUGACAAACAUAACAUUCUCCAAUCUAAUACCGUAUUCACCAGUUUCAUAAAACCCAGGUUCAUUGGAGAUUAAAUGACCAGGUUUCAAGGCGUUAGCAGCAGCAUUAGGACGAGGACCAAUUCCAAUAGGACCUUCAUGAACAUUCAAAUAAGCACCAAUACCAUGGGACGUACCGUGACCGUAAUCAAUACCAUACUUCCAGAGAUAUUGUCUUGCUAUGGAAUCAAUCAAGUUACCAGUUGUAUUUUCCGGGAAUCUUAAAGUGGAGAGAGCAAUGUUACCUUUCAAGACCAAGGUGUAAUUUCUCUUUUCUUCGCUGGUUGGUGUUUCAAAAUGAAUAGUUCUAGUGGUAUCGGUAGUUCCUUCCAAGAAUUGAGAUCCGGAAUCAUUUAAGUAUAUCUUAGAAGGGUUAAUUGUAGCACAUUGGCCUUUAGUUGGUUUAUAAUGAAUAAUAGCACCGUUAGGACCAGUGGCACUUAUAGUAGCAAAGGAUAAUCCAACAAAAUUGUCCUCUUGCUUUCUAAAUUCAGUUAAUUUUUCAUCAGCAUCAAUUUCAUCAAUCAAUUCUUGUUUGUUAAUCAAUUGGUCUUCUAACCAUGCAAAGAAUUUCACUAAAGCACGACCAUCCUUUAAAUGGGCAAUCUUGGCACCUUGUAAUUCCACUUCAUUUUUAAUACCCUUUAAUUCUUCCACUGGUGAAAGUUUUUGAACAAAUGCACACUUCAAGUUACGAACAACUUCCCAAUUGGCAUUAUCUGGAAUAAAGAACAGUUUAUUGUUGACAGUGAAUUGUUUGGAUAUGGUGUUUAACUCAGAAUAAAAUGAACCAUAACUUUCGAGUAUGAUAUUAUUGGCCUUUAAUUUAGUUUUGAUUUCAGCCGAUAAUCUCCAUUCAUCAACAAAUACUUUAGUUACAUCCUUGGUGAUAAUCAUAAAACUGUAAAAUACAGGAUUGUAUUCAAUAUCUUGACCACGCAAAUUCAAUAUCCAUGCAACUUCAUCCAAUGCAGUCACUACAAUACCUUCAACAUUGUUCUUAAAACAAGCACUCUUAAUUGCGGCAAUCUUAUCAUCAGUUUCUUGUCCAGUAAAACUUAUAUCCAAACUCUUAAUUUCAUUAGAAGCGGGAGAUGCAGGUAAUUCUUCAAAUUCUUCCCAAAUCUUGUUGAUUAAAUUAUCUUCAACUGCAGUCAAUUCAAUUUCAAUGCUUUUAUCAUUUCUUUGUUUGAGUUUCUUUUCAACAAUUCCAUUAAACUUUUGAGUAAAUUUAUAAGUAACUAAUCUUGGGUCGACACCGAUGUUAACCUUGGCACCACUAUCCAAACUUAAUUGAAUAGCUUGUUCAACGGUCCAUUCUUCCCAGGUAGGUUCAUCUUUGGCACCUUGUUUUAAUAGGGUCCAGUUGAAAUCCAAUUCAUCAAUAGCUUGGGUGAAAUAUCUUCCAUCAGUGGAUAAAGCCGCACUUCCUUGCGGCACAUCACUAAAAUUAUUCAAAUCUCUAGUAACAAUAGCAAUACCAGCACUUCCAGAAAAUCCACUAAUAAAGCUUCUCUUUUGGUCGAACAAACUAACAUAUUCAGAUUGGUGUUGGUCUUCAGAAGGAACAAUGUAAAUAGCCAAGUCGUGCAGUAACAUCUGGCGUCUCAAACUUUCUAAACGCUUGCUAGUGUUGACUUCUUUAGCCUCAGGUAAACAUAAGGAAGCUGGAUUGAGGGUGAACACGGAAUUCUUACGUGAAUCUGGUCUACUACCGGUAGAAUUUUCUCUGGAAAGACUAAUUCUUUUGGCAAAGACCGCACUGGUUCUGCGUGAUCUUGACAAUAAUCCUGGAGAACAGGUGCAGUUGGCACAUUGGGCACGGGACACUCUACGCAUUAUAACUAGGAAUAGCUUUUUUUUUGAGUAGAUUAGGAUUGAAUAGUAGGAAAAACACUUGACAAAAAUAUAAUCUCUAUCUGAUUAAGCGUUAGAUCGGUUGUUAUGGCGAUGGAAACUUCAAAAU